CCGUUCGCCAGCUUUUGCUAUUAGUUUUCUUAUACAUUUCCGUCACUUCGGUGUGAAUGCGAGCAAAUUUUCCACUCGACCAGCUUGUGAUUGUUACUUAAUUGAAUUAAACAUUUUACAAAUUUGGUUGAUAAUUUUAACGAAGUAUUGUGAACUAACUUUAGGAAAAGUAAAAAUAUCAAAAUGGGUGACUGCAGUGUUGACUUGAAUAAGUGCUUUGAAGUGGUCUCACAACUCGUGGACAAAGCUGGUGCAUUGGUGGCGAAACGUAAUGAAACAAGACAAGAGUUCGAAGAAAAGGCAAACGAUAUUGAUUUGGUCACUGCCACUGAUAAAGAGGUGGAACAGCUGUUGAUACACGGUUUGUUAGAUGUCUUUCCCGACCACAAAUUUAUUGGUGAGGAGGAGAGCGCUGCUGGCGGACAACCAAAUAAGUUGACAGAUGCGCCCACCUGGAUUAUUGAUCCAGUUGAUGGUACCAUGAAUUUCGUGCAUUCUUUUCCACAUUCGUGCAUAUCCAUUGGUUUGAAGGUGAAUAAAGUCACCGAAAUUGGUAUUGUUUUUAAUCCAAUGCUGGGACAACGUUUCACUGCGCGACGCGGACAGGGUGCUUAUCUAAAUGGAAAACGGAUUCACGUGAGUGCCCAAAAGGAAUUAGGCAAAUCUUUAGUUACAACCGAAUUUGGUACAUCACGCGAUGCGGAAAAACUGAAAGUCACUUUCGAAAACUUCCAGAAAAUUGUGCCAAAGGUGCACGGCAUUCGUAUGUUGGGCGCUGCCGCGCUCAAUCUUUGCAUGGUGGCACUCGGCGCGGCCGACAUUAAUUUCGAAUAUGGCACACAUGCUUGGGAUGUAUGCGCUGGAGAGCUGUUAGUGCUUGAAGCAGGCGGCGUGGUUAUUGAUCCCACAGGCGGCAAAUUCGAUAUUAUGUCACGGCGUGUGUUGGCCGCAUCCAGUGAAGAAUUGGCACAAGAAUUCGCUAAACAAUUGACACAAUUCUAUCCACAACCACGAGAUGAUUAAUGUGAAAUGUAUAUAUAAUAUAAGAGCGUUUAUCAAGUUCAAAGAAAAAUACAGCUGAAUGAUGUUAAUUGGUGUUCAAGAAUUAAUGUUGUACACAUUACAUACAUAAAUUAUUAUGUAAAAUAUGAAAUUGCUAAAUUUGUUGGGAAAAUGAUACAGGUUACUCGAACUAGUUAAAAUCGGAGGUAUAAAUAAAUGUUUAUAAAAAUGAAA